GAGACGAUGAAGGAAAGGGGGGAAAGGGGAAGGGGGACGGAAGAAUUUAGGACCGUGUUUUUUUAUAAAGAUUGUUGAAGUAUUGGUAAAACUUUGGAUUUAAACGGAAGGAACAUUCUGCAGUCAGUUGAUCACUUUUUAUUGAGUUCGUAAUAGAUAAAUUAAUCAGGAAACAUGUCUGGCGACGGGGAAAAUGUUGAAAAUGAUCCGAAGAAGUCGUACGCGGGCAUUCCAGAGGCUGUGUUUGUGGACAACAUUGAUGAAUUCAUGGCUCAGUCAGAAAAUGACAAUGCUGACAAAGUUCUGAAACGGUUGGACGAGCAGCACCAAAAAUACAAAUUCAUGGAGUUCAAUUUGGAAUCAAAGAAGAGGCGCCUAAAAAAUCAAAUACCCGAUCUUGAAAAGUCUUUGAAAAUGAUUGUCAUGCUUCAGAAGAAGCAGGAUGCAACAGAGGACAUGGAAACUCAGUUCCUACUCUCAGAUCAGGUGUACAUGAAAGCUGAGAUUGCACCCACUAAUAAAGUCUGUUUAUGGCUCGGAGCCAAUGUAAUGCUGGAAUAUACUCUGGAAGAUGCUAAAAACUUGUUGUCUAAGAACAUUGAACAGGCCAAGAAAAACUUGGGUUAUGUAGAGCAUGAUUUAUACUUCCUCAGGGAUCAGUUUACAACUACUGAGGUCAACAUGGCAAGAGUUUAUAAUUGGGACGUGAAGCGGAGACAAGCAGCCAAGGCGGCUUCAUGAUUGAACAAUAUGUGCUACGUCACUCAUUGCUUUAUUUAUGAGUUUAAAGUAACAUAUUAAUCUUAGGUCCUACUUUCAUCAAGUUGUCACUAAUUUUAAUAGAUGCUGUCAUUAUUUUUUCAAUUUCACUACAAUUUUAUGAAAGCUGCUUUUUGUCAAAUUCCCAUUAAUAUCUUAGAAAAGUAUCUGUCACCUGUUGUGUGGGUCAGGUUAAUAAGACUCAUAAUUUCCUAACCAUCUGUUGUGAAGCGGCAUUGCACACAUUUGUUUAAUUUGAUAAAUUAAAUAAAAUAUUGGUGCAAAAUUUUA